UGCGGUCAUCAGCUAGGAAAGAGGGAAGAAAAAUGGGGAGGCGAAAUCAUGCCACAAAUGGAAAACAUGAAGCAUUUUUUUCCGUUUUUACACAUCAAAAGUGGUUACAAAGCAGGUAAACGGAUAACCCACAUUUAUUUUUUUCCCCUUUUAUCCAGACAAAUGAAAACUGGGAAGAAAGAAAUUCUCAAAAUGAUGACUCCGAGUCCAAGCCAUCCCCCUUUCUCUCUCUAUAUAAACAUGCCAUGGUCAAAGAAGCACGGAAAAUAGAAAAGGGGAAAAAGAACUAGAACGAUUUUGAACAGAUUCGGCUCCCGCACCGAUCUGUAGGUCGUCCGAAGAUUGACUAGGUAGAUUGGAGGUAAUGAGCAUCAGGAAAGAAGCGUAAGGUAGGGCAGUUCCAGGCAUGGCUGCUGCUGAGGCCAGAGCAAAUCUUGUGAAAUUGAGGCCACCAAUCAAGGAUGAUGGCUCCGUAAGGCCAAAGGGAGUUGUGGUCAUCAACAAGAAGGUGGAGAGCUCAUCAAAUAGGCAGAGUGGAGAUGCCAAGAGCAAAUCAGUGCAUAAUGUCUCAAAACCAGAGAUCAAGGGCAAAACUUCUGGGAGUUCUUCCAAAAGCGUUAGCUCUGUGAAGACAAAGUCAGAGAAGAAGGUGUACACUUUGCCUGGCCAGAAAUAUGAUCCACCUGAACAGAGGGAACCGUUGAGGAUCUUCUACGAAUCGUUGAUGAAACAGAGACCAGAGAGUGAAAUGGCAGAAUUUUGGAUGAUGGAGCAUGGCCUGUUGUCACCUGAAAGAGCAAGGAAAGCAUAUGAGAAAAAGCAAAAGAGGCAGAAACAACAAAGAAUGGGAACUCCGAUAAAAACAAAUACAACUCCAAUCCGAACAAAUACAGGUCCAGCCAGAACAAAUACAGCUCCAGCCAGAACAAACACAGCUCCAGCCAGAACAAAUACAGCUCCAAUCAAAACAAGUGCUGCUCCAGUCAAAGCAAAUGCAAUCCCAGCCAAAACAAAUUCAGCUCCAACCAAAGUAAACACAAUGAAGCAAAACCCCGAGCUCUCCCAAAGACCACCUAUGGCAAAAAAUGGUGACUUGAAGGCCAGGAGAAGCAUAUUUGAUUAUGAUGAUGAUGAUGAUGACUUGAUUAUGAAACCCAAGAAAGCAAAACUGAAGUGAGAAGGCAUUGCAGUGGCCAGAGUACAAUUUAUGGAGAAAUAAAAUGCGAUGGGAGUUUGAAGCAUGCAACAACAAUCUUCAGCUGGCUAAAGAAAAUGGGCUGAUAGAAGUUGAUUUAUUAUUGUUAGGACUUAGAAAAUCUAAUUAUUGAGCUGAUGUUUUCCCCAGGCCGGUAGAUGUAAUAAAUGAAGACAUUAUUUGUAUUCCGUUUCAAAAAAACAUGCUGAGAAAUAUAUUUUCACAUAGUUCAUUA